AUGAGCCGCGGUUCAGCCCACCAGGAGUGGUCGAGCAGGGGCACGCGGGCGCCGCCAGGACUGGCCCCCCCCCAGCAUCAACCGCACAGCGCGGUGAGCCCGGUGGAGGCCCUGAUGCGGCCCACCUCCGGAUCGCGCUCGGUCGGCGGCGAUCCAGUGCUCCAGUCAACGCCCGAGAUGGCGCCUGCCCGCGAGCACACGACCCAGCAGGGCCCUUUCGCCUCAACAGCAGCUGGUAGCAUCAACGGCCAGCCCCAGGGCGCCUGGGGCCCGGCGGAGGCCGCGCUGCGCCCACUCGUGCGUGCUUCCACCUUGGGGACCCCUGCGCGCGAGGGCGAGCGCGGGCAAGCGUCCGUGAGCACGCGAGCACCGUCGGCUGCUGCGUCUGACGUGCCCGUCGUGUCGCGCCACCGGGCCUUCUCCCCGCGGCCGGUCUCCGCGAAGGUGUCGCCGCAGGUCGCGGUGCCGGAGGGGCGCACGUCCCUCGGGGACGGCACGACGCAGGUGCACUCUCCGACGUUGACGGUGCAGCGGAAGAAGUGGGCGAGCGAGGCCACGUCGCUGUCCCGGCACGGGAGCGGCCCCCCGAGCGGCAGCGUGCGCGGGCUGGUCAAGUGCGACGGCUCGAUCAGCGAGGACGAGUUCCACGGUCUGUUGCGGUCGACGGAGAUUGGCCUGCGGGGGGGCGUCGACAUCAAACGCCUGCCGUUCCGCGCGCAGGAGGUCGCGCGCACGCUCGACGUGGACCACAGCGGCUUCUUGGACGGCGAGGAGGUCGGCGAGGCCGUCCUCGCGCUCGUGCGGCUCCGCAAGGAGCGCAGGACGCUUCGGCGGGCCGUGGUGGCCCUGGCCCUCUUCGCAGUCUUCCUGCUCCUGGGCGUGUCGGGCCUCGUGUGGACCGUGCAGCGCAUGACGCGGGACAUGUCGGUCGCCGGCGGCGCCCUCGUCGACUCCGACACCGGCCUGCCCGUGUUGACCUCGAGCGCGGAGUUCCUCAGUCGCCCCGACGGGCGGCUGGUGAACCGCGAGACCGGGCAGCCCGUGCAGGUGUCGGCCUCGUCGUACAGCGGCCCGCUGUCGAGCGCGCUCCCGGACCGCGCCCUCGGCGAGCUCAUCAGCCUCGUGGCUACGUCGCCCUCGGGCGCCAACGUCAACCUCAAGGUGCAGGGCGUGGCGCGGUUCCCGGACGCGCGCACUGCGACGGGGUCGUACGUCGAGAUCAUGACCGCGGCGGGCGCCGUCCGCCUCGACGGGUCCGACAUGACGUUCCAGAGCGACGCCGUGGCCAGCGUGUUUGAGCGCGCGGGCUUCACGCUGUACCGGUCGCGCAGGAGGCUCGCGUCGCACCACGACGCGCCGACGGGGAUGUACAACACGCUCGACAGUUCGCUGUACACGCUGACGCGGAGCGGCGCGCAGGCGGGCCUGAACCCGGGCAACGGGAGCGACGCGGACCAGACGUUCGGCGGCAACGUCGUCAGGGGGUCGGGCGCGGACCAGGCGCCGCCGCUCGCCCUGCCGGCGGAGUUCACCGCCGAGGCGACCGUGUACCACCCGUGCGUGGUCGGCGCCGUCGACAAGUGCGGCCCCGACACGCCCGGCGUGACGCGGUUCCGCGGCGAGCGCUGGGUGGAGACUUCGGCGUACAUCGUGUCCGUCGGGGGCUCAACGUACACGCGCCGGACGUACCCGGCGUACCCGGGCCAGGUCGAGCACGAGGUCCACGACCACGAGGCGCGCGAGGCGGUGUCCUGGCAGGAGGUGGACGGCACGGGCGAGGCCCUGCACUGCGCGCGGCGCCGCGCGGUGCACCUCAGCGAGCUCUCCACGUACUUCACGGUCGACGUCACUUCGCUGCGCACGCGCAGGAAGAAGACCACCGUCGAGGCCGUCCUGCGGCCCACUGCGCUGCUGGAGACCACCGCCAACAUCGGGGGCGCGUACGACGCUGUCGCGGCGGGGUUCCGCGUCGAGUACGUCCACCACGAUCGGCGCGGCCACCUCGUUGAGGUCACGGACGCGCUCACGGGCACGCUCACCGUCUUCCACUCGAUGGUGUUUCCAAUUGCGUCGGGCGACCGGUCUGGGCUUGAGUCGCUCAUGUCGGCGCCGGCGUGCGAGGCCGGCGACCCUCAGCGCGAGGCGCUGGUGCCGCGCAUGGUCGACGCGUACGGCGGUGCCGAGGGCACGGAGCAGCCAGUACUGAGCGCGGCGCGGCGCUCGCUGGUGUCGCCGGCGCUGCGCGUCGCGCGAGGCCUGCAGCAGACCGGAUGCUUCGACUACGACGUCGACUGGCCCGUCGGAUCCGCGAUGGACGUCGUCGUGUCGUCGCCCUGCACGUCGUCCAGCGUCAGCACCACAACCCUGACGCUGCGCGGCUCGUACGCCCGGUCCGGCACGUGCGAGGCCUUCGGCGCCGUCGCGAUCGCGUACGACUCCAUCUCCGGCGAGGCGAGCGUCCUCCCCGGCAGCAUGGGUCUCACGUGCACGGCACGCGAAACGGCCAACGCCGCAGGGCACGCAUGGCUCUCCGCGGCGAUGAGCACGCAGGACCUCGUCGACGUCCCGCUGCACCUCGCGUCCUACGACACGCUGCCCGUCGCGGGCGGCGAAGUGCGCGUGCGCAACCAGGUGUCCCUGGAGGGCAGCAACGUGGUCGCGCUCGACUUGGAGGCGAUUGGGGGGUCUGUGCGCGUGGGGGCGCGCAUCGUGCCGACGGGCGCGUGCGCGCACGAUGUUGCGGCGGGGCAGCACAUCGGCGGGCCCGGCGGCGCGCACCACCAGCCCGUGGCGGAGUCGGCGGUGCGUUUCUUCCAGUGGGAGUGGCGCAGCGAGGCGCCGGCGAGCACCUGGGAGUUCACCGCGUCGACGGAGCACCACCAGACGUGCACGGCGCAGGACGCCCUGCCCGUGGUUGCGUGA